AUGGAGUUGCUCCCCCAGGAAAGCCUGUACUGGCUCCUUCUUGAGCCGAACUGGAAGGCCUUCGCAGGUCUGACUUUUCUGCUUUUGGUCACAGUCGGUCAAGUCUACAUGCUCUUGCGCAAGAUGAACGCCAGUAUCAACCUACUGGCUUCACUUCCUGCCGAAGUCGCCGACCUCAAGGAACAAAUGUACCACUUGACACAAGUCCCAGGAUCAGUGUCUGCCACUACGGCUGAUGGCACACCGCGCGAAGGCCCAGGUGCUAGCCCGAGUGCCAUGGCCUCCAUAGCCAAUCAGCUGGACUGCGUGGAUGCAAAGCUCCUGGAUUUGGGAAAGCUUGCUCAAUCCCUCCAACUGGAGAUCAAGCACGGCACGGUCAAAUCACAGGUGGAGGAACUGCUUGUGAUGGUGCAAACAUCACAGAUGCACCUCACAAAUCUGGAUUCGCCAAUGAAGGACUCUGCCGAAAAGCUACGUGACCUCCAUGAACAGUUCAAAAGGGGACAUGUGGUGGAUAUCAUGAAGAUGCUGGCUUCUAAAGUUGAAGCAUCUGAACUGGAGGCUAUGAAUACGAGUCUCCAGCAAGUGCUCCUCGACAUUGUCAAGAAGCUUGCUCUGAAAGUUGAGACAACCGAGCUCUCGGAACUCAAUCGACUUGAGAAACAGGCUCUCAUGGAGAAGAUCGUCAAGGUGGAAACGACUGGCGACAAAGUUCAAGACCUCUGCAAGACACUGAGCAAUGAGAUUCAUGUCUGUAAGACAGUGGUAGCUCAGAAGGUUGAUGCGCUCCAGAAGGACAUGACUUCGCACAUGGGCUGGUCCACUCAGAACCUACGGCCACUUUUCCCAUGUGUGCCGAUGAUCAAAACCAUUGAGACCCAGCUCAAGGAUGCGAUCGACUAUCUGGCCAGGAACUACAAGAACAUGGAGCAGGUGACCACGGCAGGCGAACAAACGAUCGAGGCAGUUACCAUGGUCAGACAGGCUGUCAAUACUCAGAUGGAGUUCUCCGAGAACCAGGACCAAAGGAUUGGACGGGUUGAGUCCAUCGCCAGUGGCACACUUGAUGUGCUAAAUGAGACACAGGACCAGGUGGCAGCCAUGGCUCGCGAGCAUGCUGCGAUGUUGCAGCAGGUGUUGGAGCGGUUGCCAAAACUCCCGCUUCGGAAGCCACCACCAGCGGACACACAGGCUCCCAGCCAACCGGCUUCCUCCUCGACACCAGCACCAGACGGCCCACAGCCACAAGCUAUGCCAUCGCCUAUGCCUCCACCGAUGCAGUCGCCUCCGGUGCACCAGUCGACGAUGCAGAUGAACCAGCAGCCGCCUUCAUUCGAACUACGUUUGAAUGAUCACAUGCCGCUGCAAGUGAACCCACGCCGCCAAGCACCGCAGAUCUUCAUGAUUACUGAGCAACAGUCUUCUCAGCCAGUUUUGAGAGAGGUAACACAACAAGACGUCUUCCGGGCCCUUUUCCCACAACCCUGA